UGACACCCAAUGGGACCUGCAGAAGGCGGCGGCGGCGGCGCGCUGCGCGCCGAGGGGCGGAGCCCGGUGGCAGUUGCUGGCGAGCCCGGGAGGCCGAGAAGGUGUCGUUGGCUCCGCAGUCGCAUCCCCAGGGGAGUCGUGUUGGCGUCCUCCUGGCCCCCAAGCCCGCCGAUCGCCCCGGAGACUAGUGUGUGCGCGCUCCCGGCCUCGCCCGCUGUUCUGCGUUCGCCGUGUGGACUGUGCGUCCGGCAUCAUGUGCGGUAUAUUUGCUUACUUAAACUACCAUGUUCCUCGCACAAGACGAGAAAUCUUGGAGACUCUGAUUAAAGGCCUUCAGCGACUAGAGUACAGAGGAUAUGAUUCUGCUGGUGUGGGAGUUGAUGGAGGCAACGACAAAGAUUGGGAAGCCAACGCCUGCAAAAUCCAGCUCAUUAAGAAGAAAGGGAAGGUUAAGGCACUAGAUGAAGAAGUGCACAAACAGCAAGAUAUGGAUUUAGAUAUAGAAUUUGAUGUACACCUUGGAAUAGCUCAUACUCGGUGGGCAACACAUGGAGAACCCAAUCCUGUCAAUAGCCAUCCACAGCGCUCUGAUAAAAAUAAUGAAUUUAUUGUUAUUCACAAUGGAAUCAUAACCAACUACAAAGACUUGAAAAAGUUUUUGGAAAGCAAAGGCUAUGACUUUGAAUCUGAAACCGAUACAGAGACAAUUGCCAAGCUUGUUAAGUAUAUGUAUGACAAUCGGGAAAGUCAAGAUACCAGUUUUACUACCUUGGUGGAGAGAGUUAUCCAACAAUUGGAAGGUGCUUUUGCACUCGUAUUUAAAAGUGUUCAUUUUCCUGGCCAAGCAGUUGGCACAAGACGAGGUAGCCCUCUUUUGAUUGGUGUACGAAGUGAACAUAAGCUGUCUACUGAUCAUAUUCCAAUACUUUACAGAACAGCUAGGACUCAGAUUGGAUCAAAAUUCACACGGUGGGGAUCACAGGGAGAAAGAGGGAAAGACAAGAAAGGAAGCUGCAACCUCUCUCGUGUGGACAGCACUACAUGCCUUUUCCCUGUUGAAGAAAAAGCGGUGGAGUAUUACUUUGCUUCUGAUGCAAGUGCUGUCAUAGAACACACCAAUCGUGUCAUCUUCCUUGAAGAUGAUGAUGUGGCAGCAGUGGUGGAUGGCCGUCUUUCUAUCCAUCGGAUUAAACGAACUGCAGGAGAUCAUCCUGGACGAGCUGUGCAAACCCUCCAGAUGGAACUCCAGCAGAUCAUGAAGGGCAACUUCAGUUCGUUUAUGCAGAAGGAAAUUUUUGAGCAGCCAGAAUCAGUUGUGAACACAAUGAGAGGAAGAGUCAACUUUGAUGACUAUACUGUGAAUUUGGGCGGUUUGAAGGAUCACAUUAAGGAGAUUCAGAGGUGUCGGCGUUUGAUUCUUAUUGCUUGUGGGACAAGUUAUCACGCCGGUGUAGCAACACGUCAAGUUCUUGAAGAGCUGACAGAGUUGCCUGUUAUGGUGGAGCUAGCCAGUGAUUUCCUGGAUAGAAACACGCCAGUUUUUCGAGAUGAUGUUUGCUUUUUCAUUAGUCAGUCAGGUGAGACAGCAGAUACCCUGAUGGGUCUUCGAUACUGUAAGGAGAGGGGAGCUUUAACUGUGGGGAUCACAAACACAGUUGGCAGUUCCAUCUCAAGGGAGACAGACUGUGGCGUUCACAUUAAUGCUGGGCCGGAGAUUGGUGUGGCCAGCACAAAGGCUUACACCAGCCAGUUUGUAUCCCUUGUGAUGUUUGCUCUUAUGAUGUGUGAUGACAGGAUCUCCAUGCAAGAGAGACGCAAGGAGAUCAUGCUGGGAUUGAAGCGGCUGCCUGAUUUGAUUAAGGAAGUACUGAGCAUGGAUGAUGAAAUUCAGAAACUGGCAACAGAACUUUAUCAUCAGAAGUCAGUCCUGAUAAUGGGACGUGGCUAUCAUUAUGCUACUUGUCUUGAGGGGGCGCUAAAAAUCAAAGAAAUCACUUACAUGCACUCUGAAGGCAUCCUGGCUGGUGAAUUAAAACAUGGCCCUCUGGCAUUGGUGGAUAAGUUAAUGCCUGUCAUCAUGAUCAUCAUGAGAGACCACACUUACACCAAGUGUCAGAAUGCUCUUCAGCAGGUGGUUGCUAGGCAGGGACGCCCAGUGGUGAUUUGUGAUAAGGAAGAUACCGAGACCAUUAAGAACACAAAAAGAACUAUCAAGGUGCCCCACUCCGUGGACUGCUUGCAGGGCAUUCUCAGCGUCAUCCCCUUACAGUUGCUGGCUUUCCACCUUGCUGUGCUGAGAGGCUAUGAUGUUGAUUUCCCCCGGAAUCUUGCCAAAUCUGUAACUGUAGAAUAAGGAGCAUUUGAAACUGGGCGAUUGAGCAACACAAGACACCUUUUUAUAUUUUAAACCUUCAUUUUAAAAUAUCACCUCUUCAAGCCUUUUUAGUAAAUCCUUAUUUAUAUAUCAGUUAUAAUUAUUCUACUCAAUUUGUGAUUUUUGUGGAAUUACCUCAUUUUUCCAGUAAUUUGUAGGGGAGUUUGAAUAAUGGAAUCUCUGUAGAAAUUGGUAUCAGAAAGAGAUUUAGCUUUCCUUUUCUUUAAAGGAUUCUGGGUGGUGGAUUUCUGGGCCCUCUACUUGAAUCUGAGGAUUGUGUGUUUUUUAAAAAUAACAGGCAUUUGUUUUACCUUGCUUCUGUUCAUUCAGCCCAGUGAAAGAGUAGUGCAUUUAAUUGGAAUAUCUAAAGCCAGUGGCAGUGUAUGCAGAUACUUGGGUAUUUAAUUAUGUUUUUCUAAGUUACGUAUAGAGAGAAGAUACUAUGAUUUAGUUUGAAAUUUGUGUUUUGUUUUUAAAUCAAAUGGUACAACUUAAAAACUGAAAAUUUCUCGUGGGAUUUCUAAGUUAGGUUAACCUUAGUCUCUCCAACUUGUUUCCUGUAAUCUGUAGGUCAAGGAAAUUUAAGAAGCUAAGUAGUAUAGUAGUACAUUGGUUUUCUUCAGCCCGUCACAGAAAAUAUUUGCACAGUUUCAUAGCACAGACUUUAAAUCUGAGCAGCUUUGGACAACUGACAAUAGGAUUUUAAAUUUGAAGAUGGAAUAUAUACAUGUUGGGUAUCCUGCUCCUUGUGUUUUUUUUAUCUCCUUAAGAGUAAAUGUUGUAUCAUUUUAUCUUUUUUUUUAAAUGACUGCUGAAUGACUUAUUUUAUCUUGUUCUUUGAAAUCAACACACAGAGUUAUCAAAUGUCUCAAACUAAAGCAAUGCUAAUAUAUUCAGAAUUCUCUUCAACUUUGUCCCAAGGAAGAAUUUCCUGCAAUUAGUUUUAACUUCCCAUCACUGCUUUGUUGCAUAAAACUAGCACCUACAUGCCAGCUUGGAAGCUCUUUGAAAUUGUUUGGAAGAUUUACAAGUCUUUUGACUAAUCAUUUGUCUAAAUGUAUAUGGUGGGCUAGGCUUAGAAAAAUGUUCUAUGCUUUAUACUUGUACUAGUGAAGGAUUUGCAUCAAAUUUAGUAUUACUUCCUAGGUAUUUUUCUCUGUAUUUCCUGUUUUCUGCCCUGAAAUAUAUAUAAGAAUGAAGGAGAUAUAAAUAAAUAAAGUGAUACUGCGGUACCUUUAGCCAGUUAGUGUCAGAAAUGGAAAUUAAUAGUUUAGAUUAAAAUAUUUAGAGUAGAAUAUUAGUUUGACACCCAUAAAGUUGUGAGUGGUAAUUUCUUUGUGGGUUUUUUUGGCCUAACCUUGAGGGUUAUAGGACAGUAUGUUUAUGUUGUGGUUGAGAACUUCUUUUCAAAAGUUUUUACUUUUAAAUUGUGAAAGUAAGAUAUUUAGCGUAAUUUAAGUAAGCUCAGUCUUUUCCUUUUUCUGUGUUUGAACUUCUUGAUGAGGUUAAGGUUUUCUGAUAGCUGUUGAUGCAAUAGAAACAUAGAUUCUGUUUGUGUGUUAGGAUUACAGAAAGAAUUGGCAUAUUUAGAGGUAAUUGGGAAGGGCUCCCACUGAUGGAGAGAAGAAACCUGAUUGUUUUUAAAAAUAAAAUAGGGUUACUAUUUAUAUUAUAUGUGUAGCUCUUACAGCUGUAUUUAUCUAUUUUAAUUGAUUCUAAAAUUAUUUUGUGUAGGCCUGCUAGUUUCAGUAUGUUGAAAUGUUCAGUGUCAUUUCUUUUGUUUUAUUAGCAUUUUAUGCAUAUUUUUUGUUGCAUUUCUUAAAUGGUCUGAAGUUUAAGUCCACUUUGUAAGUGAAAACUAAUUUGUGAAAUCAGUCAUUAGCUUUCUCAGUUUCUCUGUUUUUCUCUCAAACACACCACAUACACACCAAUACACGCUUCAAGGUAGGAUAAGCUCCACAAUGGAUAUCAAAAGCUCAUAUUAAGAAUAAAGAAGUGAUCUUUUCCAAGCAAACAUAAUUUCUCCUCGUCUCUUCUUCUUGGACUCUACCCAACUUAAUGCCAACUUAAUGUAGUGGUUUUUAAAUGCUUUUACAAAUUAAUUAUGAACACAAAAAUGAGGCAAAUCGCUAAGUUUUCAUGCCCAGUUAAAGGCAAUGUGAUAUGGGUAAGAAAAUCCAAUUUUUGAAUAUAUUCUACAAAAGGAGUCCUUCAUACAAAAAGUUAUUUCUUAUAGUACAUUUAAAGUUUAAAUUCACUUAUAUAUAACUUAAGAGUUCCCUACUUCAGUCCAUUAGCCCUUUUUUAGUUCAUUAGUCAUAUACAUACAGCACAUGGCUCAUUAAGUGAUUAUUACUGUGGAGUCAGCUUUUCUACCUUUUUGAAAACUACCUAUGCUAUAGUAAUAAGUGAUAAGAGGAAAAUUAAUAUUAACUGUUUUUACUUUGUUGUAAUGUCAACAGCCUGUUAUGAGCAAGUCACUGUGCUAGGAACUGAAAAAUACAUCUUGUUUAAAGCAGUCUAGUUAUCCCCAGGUGGACUCAUCACUGUGACAGACUAGGAUGGUUGGAAGGCACAGGGUCAGAGUGGAAAUAUGUUGCUGAGCUGGGCUGUUUAAUGUUGUAAAUGGAUUUGUUCAGUUAAAUAAUGGUCCAAAUUCUGGGGCGUGUCAUGUUCAUUAACAGGUGGAGUGCAUGUUGUAGGGAAAGCUGUUACACAGGCUAAGGGUGUGUCUGUGGUACUCUGAGGAACAGCAGUCACUGAAUGCAAAGGUGAAAAUGCAGUGUCAUUACUGCUCAAGGGGAACUGACACAGGGUGGUGUGCAGAUGAGGAGCUAAUACAGAUUUUCUCUUUUGAGUUUCUUAAAAAGUUGUUUCUGAAAUGAUACUGUCUUAUCCUCCUGAAUACAAGUCUCUUGGUCUGAAUUAAGGAUGGAAGGAAAGGAGCCUUUUUUUUUUUUUUUUUUAGCUUUCGGUAAUACUCGUUUGACACUGUUGACUCUUCAAAGAAGGAAACCCAGCUGAAAUGUAUGCUUUAACAAAGUCCUUUGCGGUCAGUUUUUUCUCUCCCUUUUUUAAAAAUUAGGAUAUGCUAUAGCAAUAAAAGGAAAAGACUAAUAUUAACUAUUGUAUAGUAAAACUUGUAGUUUUUCUAAAAAAGCACAAUGGCAUUGAGAAGUGUUUAUUGAAAAAGAAUUAGCUCACAUUGAAUUUGUGAAGGCCAAAGAAAUUGAAGAGAAAGGUAUUUUAGUCUUAUGUCCACAUACUUAGUACAUUUUGUAUUCGAAAAUACCAAAUAAGAAUGGAAAACGUGUUUCAGUUUACUUUCUUUGUUUUUAGUCCCAAAUUGAGAAGUAUUAACACUUGUCAGCUUUUUCCCAUGAUAUUUAAAGAUUGUUAAUAUAUCGUAAUUUCCCUAGCUUGAUUAAUUUAACCCUAUCUUCAGAUUGUGGCAUGGCAACAAGCUAGUGAGACUGAUAACAUUAGCUUAGAACCAGUAAUAUGGAUAUGGGUUAAAAUAAAAAAAUAGUUAACUAGCAAGGCUGUAAAGUUAUGCCAUAUUAACUUAGGUCUAAUAGUUUAAUAUCAGUGUUAUAGAAUAUACCAUCAAUAAUGGCUAAUGAUAACAGAAAAUUAUCAAAUUACCUUUUUUAAUACACUAGUUUUCAGAAUGUAUAUAGAAAUGAUCCUGUUAACUUUUUAAAUGUUCUGUGGUUUUUUUUUCUUAAAUAAAACUUUUGGUAUUUGUUUAAAUUUUACUUCUAUUGAGCUGGGAAUUUUAGAAUCAUCCUUGUUUUGUUAUAGUUUUCUUUCUUUAAAAUGAAUGUUUAGUUUCCUGAGCCAGUUGGUCAUUUCUUCCUCAUAUCUUAUAAGUCCAGUAACUCUAAUCUUGAACUGUGAAUAAAUUACCAAAAACUUGCUGAGAAUUGCAUUUUGAAGCAAUUUGCCAAUAUUUGAAGUAUAUAGUACAUGUUUGUAGUUGUGUUAAAGAUUGUAUUGUACUAAGAAUGUAGCCAGUGUUUACUUUAGCUGUUGGUAAACAUAUCCAAUGCUUAAAAUUUAUUCAUUACUGUUGCUUUUAAAAAGAAGAAAUGGUUGCAUAAAUAUAAUCAAAAGUCAUAUGUCUUCACUACAAUCUCCCAAUUGUUUUAGAAAGGAUCAGUACAUAAGACAAAAGCUCUACUUCUUUUGAUGUUAUCCUCCAUAGAUACUAAACUUUCUUAAGUUUUUAAAACUUUUUUGUGAGAAUGUAUUGUUUCUAGCAAAUUUCCAGCAGCAAGUACAGUGGAUAACAGCUUUCCUUAAAUGAAUUGAUAGUUGCAAGAGAAGAAUAUUUAAGAUGGGUGAGUAGCAAGAUAGCAAUAACCAAAUCUAAAGUUUCUGUAAUAUCUGGCAGUCUGUUAAUUAUGGAACAGAGAUUCCUUUUUGAAAAAGCAAGCUAGAAUCUCUAUUCCAAAUGCUUACAGCACUUGGCUGUGCUUAGCAGGACACAGUUAUGCCAGUGGUUUGAAUGAAUAGAUGUGCUGUUUUGCCUACCCGUAGAAUUGAGCCCAGUCUACCAUUGUGCGUUUUCUCUCUCUCUCUCUCUCUCUCUCUCUGUUGCUCUGCGGCAGAGCCAAGCACUGCCACACCAGUAUGGAUCAUUUUUUCCACAGGCCACAUUUUUGACAUAAAAUCCAGCUUUAUUCCUAGUAAAGUUUUCUUUAUAUCUUCCUAAUUGGUUAUCUGUAAGUAUUUACUGAGUGCUUAUUAAAGGCCAAGAAAUAAUUUCCCUAAAAAACUAGGAGGCCACUUUUCAUUGGAAUGGCACUUAAGAAAAAUACUUAACUUUUUUGGAUAAAGGAAGAAGUAAAGUUUAAGUUUGUCUCAUUAAUCUGAAGGCAAAUAGUUCUCCCUCAUUAAAAAAGUGAUAUAGGAGCUAUGUUAGCUUAAUAAGCAUCCUGCAACUAUAAAUUAACCUUGGAAUAAUGCACAAAGAAGUUGACAGGUUAUAGAUCAUUUGACCAGCUGACCCUUGAUACAAGUAAUAAGAUAAAUUCAUUAUUCUCUUUUUGGUAAACAUGUAUACAAGAGAUUAUUUUAUGACAAAAAGGCGCAUGUUUGAACUUAAUAUUAACAGGAUUCACUGACUUUAAUCCAAGAUUCACACAGGUAUUUUCUCACAGAAAAUGUUAUUAUGUGGCCAUAUUUUCCUUUUUGUAUUUCAAGAGAUUUAAAAAUAUCAAGUAUGAAUGUAUAAUUGAAAAUAUAGGAUAAAACUUGGAGUUUAUUAGAGAAAUGUUCUCUAAAUAGAAUUAUAGUUAUUUCCAUUCAUUUAUGAAUCUGAUUCCCUAUGUUUGUAUAAGAUUAAAAGGACUGUUUACACCUAUUAGUAUGAAACCUGUUGGCAUGUUUUCAUAUGCUUUUAAUUUCUGCAGUAUAACUAGAGAUUUAGAAGCAUUCCACAAUCUAAAACUCAGAGCCACCAUAAGGUGUACCAUGUAAUUCACAGCUGUUGCAUACCCUGGAGGGUCUUCAGAGGUUAAUCUUUGCCUCUUACUCAGUUUUGUAUGUUUUGAAAUGAAGAUAAACAUGGUGGGGUCUUAUCAGGAAAGUUGCCAGAAUUCUCAAUGCAUGUAAUAUAAAGUACUCAUUGGGAAUUCUAGAUUCAUUAUACCUAAAGAACAAAUAAUGAUCCUUUGGUUCUUAGCCAAUAAGUUCUCAAUUUGUGAGACCCAAAGGUUGAUAUCCAUUAAAUUUAGAUUGUCAUACACUAGGCUGCAAAGAUCUAGAUGUAUCAUGCUCACUAUAGUUUGUUUGUGCCAACAGCUCCUUUUGGGUGACACUGUUGUUAGGAAAAACCAGUGUGGCACCAUCAGUCAUGGAUAUUUUACCAUGGCCAGCUCAGUGUGAAAUGGACUCAUUAGAAAGCUUUGUCCUCAAAGAAUGUCCCUAAUGUGAUGAAAAAUAUCAGAGACAAUAAAGGUUUUUAGUUCUAGGCAAGCAAAAAUUACACUAAAUUUCAGUUUCUUUCUGUUAGACUUGAAUGUGUCAAGGCAAUUUGAUUUUUGGAAUUUUGGGAUUUUUUUCCUGUUUGCUCUGUAUGUAGAGUUGUUUUGAAAUAUUGAACAUAUUUGCUUUGAAUUUUAUUUCUUGCCUUCUUAAUUUUGUAUUAAUUCUCUGAAUAAAAUGUAAACUCAAUAUUGAA